ACGCUCCGCUCUCAGCUCGCGCCCUCCAGUCGCGGUUAACGGGCGUGCGGUUGCCAGGAGAGACGCGCGUGAAGUGCAGCGUGCAGCUUUUACGGUGAAAGCGGCACGGGAUCGUCCCCCCCGCCAUUUCCUCGAGCCGAGCCCUGGAAUGUCGAACGGUGGCUCGGGCUCUUCCUCGCGGAAGGAGUUCGACGUGAAACAGAUCCUCCGGAUCCGAUGGAGGUGGUUCGGUCACCCCGCGGUUCCUCCGCCUCACUCCCCGCCACUCGGAGACUACUUCAGCGCGAGAAGAACGGGAGGCAGCCCGGCGGACGGUCCCUCUGUUAGCGGCGGCAGCAACUUAAAUCCGGUCGGCGUUAACCCGAGCGGGAGCUGUCACAGCGGACUGGUGGCAAGCGGCAGCGCCGGGUCUAACCUGUGUAGCGGCAGAAAGUUUGCUGAUCCGGCGGGGAGUCGGAGAGGUCCGGCCGGAGCGGCGGCUGGAGCCACCUCAGCCACGGGGACCUCCUGUACCCGCUCCCUCAGCCAGCCCGAGUGCAGGAGCUCCGUCGCGGCGCUCUCCUGGAUUUCCCCGCCGCCGCCUCGGCGUCGGGCUCGUCCGGUGACAAACAUGGAGCCCCCCGGCGAGGCCCCGGUGCCCCAGCUGGUAGUUGAGCCCUCUGGUCCUGCCGGGGCCGAGGAGGAGAUCGAGCAGGCGGCGGCGGCGGCGGCGGCGGGGACUGAUGAGAACAACCAUCCGGAAACUGACUCCAGCUCCUGCAGGACGUCUAACAGCAGCGCGACCCUCUCCUCCUGCGUGUCCAUGGAGCCGUGCGCCUGUCCAGAGGAGUCCAUGUUUACCGCUUUGGCUCACGCUGAUGUCACCUUCCACAAGAUGGAGGGCUACCUGAGGACCAGGCAGCUGUGUGAUGUCACGCUGGUGGCUGGAGACAGACGGAUACCUGCACACAGACUGGUCCUCUCAUCUGUGUCGGACUACUUCGCGGCCAUGUUCACCAGCGAUGUGCGGGAGGCCAAGCAGGACGAGGUGAAGAUGGAAGGAGUGGACCCCGAGGCCUUGUGGGUCCUGGUCCAGUACGCGUACACAGGCCGCCUCGAGCUGAAAGAGGACACCAUCGAGUCUUUGCUGUCGGCCUCCUGCCUGCUGCAGUUGUCGUCGGUGGUCCAAGCUUGCUGCUCCUUCCUGGUGAAGCAGCUCCACCCCUCUAACUGUCUCGGCAUCCGCUCCUACGCCGACGCCCAGGGCUGCCAUGACCUGCAAAGAGCCGCUCACGCCUACACCAUGGAGCACUUCCUGGAUGUAGUCGGAGGCCAGGAGUUUCUUGUACUCCCAGUGGAGGAGAUGGAAAGGCUGCUGACAUCUGAUGACAUCAACGUGCCAGACGAGGAAACGGUGGUGACCUCUUUGCUGAGCUGGGUCAGUCACGAUCCCGCCACCCGGCAGCCCCGCCUACCGUCACUGCUGGCUCACGUCAGACUGCCGCUGCUGCAACCGCAGUUCUUGGCUGACCUGGAGUCCAACCCUCUCCUCCGAGACAGCGUGGAGUGCCAGCGACUUCUGAUGGAGGGGAUGAAGUAUCACCUCCUGCCACAGCGCCGGCCCCUGCUUCAGAGUCCUCGCACGCGGCCCCGGAAGGCCACGGUUGGGGCCAUGUUUGCUGUGGGCGGCAUGGACGCCUCGAAAGGUGCCACAAGUAUCGAGCAGUACUGUCUGCGUCGGGACUCGUGGAAACAGGUCGCCACCAUGAGCGGGCGGAGGCUGCAGUUUGGCGUAGCUGUCCUCGACGGCCGUCUCUACGUGGUCGGAGGCCGAGACGGACUUAAGACCCUCAACACCGUGGAGUGUUACAAUCCGCACAGCAAAACCUGGAGCGUCAUGCCUCCCAUGUCCACACACAGGCACGGCCUAGGUGUGGCUGUCCUAGAGGGACCUAUGUAUGCAGUGGGAGGACAUGAUGGCUGGAGCUACCUCAGUACAGUGGAAAGGUGGGACCCUCAAGCACGCCAGUGGAGCUUUGUUGCAAGCAUGGCUACACCCAGAAGCACUGUGGGAGUAGCUGUUCUCAAUGGCAAGCUGUACGCUGUAGGAGGUCGUGACGGCUCAUCCUGCCUGCGAUCAGUGGAGUGCUUCGACCCCCACACAAACAGGUGGACUAGCUGUGCUCCUAUGGCUAAAAGGCGUGGAGGUGUGGGAGUGGCCACGUGGCACGGUUUUCUGUACGCCAUCGGCGGUCACGACGCUCCGGCCUCAUCCCUGGCGUCUCGAUUAAGUGACUGCGUGGAAAGAUACGACCCUCAGACUGAUGUUUGGACCACAGUGGCGCCCAUGAGCAUCAGCAGAGAUGCUGUUGGCGUUUGUCUCCUCGGCGAUCGUCUCUAUGCUGUGGGUGGUUAUGACGGGCAGGUGUACCUCAAUACUGUUGAAGCCUAUGACCCUCAGACGAAUGAGUGGACCCAGGUUGCCCCUCUGUGCCUGGGCAGGGCAGGAGCCUGUGUGGUGGCCGUCAGACUGUGACCGCCGGAGCGCCCGUGUAAGAUGACAGACUAUCUGCCCACGAUGGGGCUCAGAGACUGAACUCGCUGCAUCAGCUGAAGCUGGAGAGACUCGGAGUGAAGCGUCUGCCUUCAGUGACGGCGAUUUCUGAGCUCUCUCCCGGUUUUACUCGGACAGCAUCAUCCUAAUGCUCGCCAGUCAACUUCUACAGAUAGAUUAGGGCAGGUUGGCUUUCGCACAGAUGUUCACAUCCUGACAACUUUAUCUGAGUGACACAACAAGUGUCUUAUGGGUUCAUUCCCCCCACCCCACCCCGACACUCUCACUUUGUGUAGUAUAAACCUACACGGCUGCUAUCCGCUAUUAUUUCUGCUGGCAGAUAGGUGAGACGGAGAGAACGAGGCCGUCAGGAGCGCCUGUCGGCUUUCCCUACAGAAUCUGAUUGUAUGCAUUGAUGCUAUUUUUAAUAAGCAACCUGUUCUUUUUAUGCUGCGGUUUGCAAACACGCCGCCGCUCUGUUUUGCCCGCUGACGGAUGAAAGCAAAGCUUUUGACGUAAUCAGCACAACCUCUCCAGCAGCUAUUCUGUGAGAAACUGUGAGCCACUUUGUUAUUUUCAUUUUUUUUUUUUUAAACGUUAUGCUUUAUCGAAUGUUUCUUAGUGUUCAACACAUUGCAUCAGCUCCAAUCUUGAUGCUUUGUGGGGAUUUUUUUUUGGGCAACGUAAAUGAGCAAAUUACCCUAUCCUUACCUUUAUAUUUCGUUGUACUUGCAUAUUUGUUGUUUUUAUUUUCCGUGCCAAUUAAGCAGUGUUAAUGGCUGUUUAGCCUGAGUUGUAGUAACAACACAGUGGUCCUGCCUUGGUCCCUGCAGGGUAAAUUAGUUUUCAGCUUCCCCCCCUAAGACAAGGCCAGCUAUUUACAGGCUUUGUUUUUAAACAAGGUCCAUUGAGCUUUUCAUUUUACAAGCCAAGAUGUUUUUCCCCUCCUCAACUGCAAGUGCUUUUGCCAUCGUCAGUCUGUGUGUGUCUGCUGAUGUUGCACGUGCAGGGUUUGCAGGGAGUGUAUUUUUUUUAUCUUAAAUGAGAAUCUUCUCCCUUUUCCUCCUCUCUCGUUCCACAUCCUCAAUUCCCUGCAGUUCGCUGCUGCGCAGACACACACAGACACACACAGACACACACAGAC